AUGUUUUUAAGACUUUUUGUAUGCUUUGCCUUACUUCUACAAUAUGGAUUUUGUGAGCCUGAAACCUGUUACUUUUGCAAAUCCGAAGUCCACGGACAGGGAUGCAAUGAUCCAACCGUAAUCGCUGACAUGCAAAUUCAAACUUGCUCAAAUAUGGAAACUGUACAAGAAAGUUCCUCGAUUUUUUCUAAACUUUGGAACUUUUUUACGCAUGAAACAGUAGAAACAAAUAUUUCCACGCGUUAUACUACUCAUCCAAAAGUGUGCUAUCAUAUGACCUACGUGUUCAAUGAAAGAAUCGUUUCCUCUAGAGGUUGCGAAUCCCAGACAAGAAACGGAAGCGGAGGCGCUACAUACGAAAUUUGCGAGUACUACAAUCGAAUACAUCCGUUGAACAGAAUUUCGAAUUUCAGUUGCAAUGCUUGCUCAGAUAAUUUAUGCAAUCACGGCAAUCAUUUGAAUCAACCCCAACCUUCGAGUUCAGCGAGUCUUUUGAUUUCUAUUAAACUUAUUGUAUUUUUGUUGAUAAUUAAAUUUCAGCUAAUGUAA